AUGCGCUCCACCUUGGUCGUCCUCGCCGCCGCCGGCUCGGUCCUCGCUGCCGCCGACAGUGCGCAGAACUUCGACCGCGACACCUCUCCACAGGGCUACGUCGUCUCGCAAAUCUCCGUAAGCAUGGACCCGACAGCAUAGCAUCUGUUCGCAUCUGGAAGGUCAUUGGCUUCUUGCCGAGUAUCCUUGUCGAGACCGAAGCAACAGCCAGUCGCUCAGCAGCAAAUGGGCUACCUCGUCCGUCGUCAUGACCUUCCAAUGCCAUCAGAUGCCGUUUACAUGUGAUAGUUGGACUUGUGCUGAUUCUCUCUUACAGGACGGACAAAUUCAGGCACCUACAGCCCCAGCCUACUCUGCUCCAGCCUCUUCUUCCGCCGCAGCAGUCAGCUCCGCCGCUCCAGUCGCCUCCAGCGCUGCCUCUGCCCCAGCCUACUCUGCUCCGGCAUCUAGCUCCGCCGCUCCAGUUGCGUCCAGCGCUGCUUCGGCCCCAGCCUACUCUGCUCCAGCUUCUAGCUCCGCCGCUCCAGUUGCGUCCAGCGCCGCUUCGGCCCCAGCUGCCAGCUCUUCCGCCCCGGCUGUCACAUCCGCUGCUCCAGUGGCCUCGUCUGCUGCUCCAGUGGCCAGCAGCGCCGCCGCUCCAAGUGCUCCAGCUUCGGUCGCCCCAAUUGCCGGCGUCAACUCGACUGCCCCAUACCCAACCUCUGCUGCUGCUGGCAACGCCACCACCCUGACCACCUCCAAGAGCGUCGCCGCCUCUUCCACCGCCGCCAGCUCUGCUGGUGCAGGCAGCGCCUCGACCACCUCCGCCGCCCCAGUCUCGGCCACUGGCGCCGCUUCCGCCAUGCAGGUCUCCACCGGCAUGGCCGGCGCCCUCCUCGCCGGUCUCUUCGCCUUCCUCAUCUAA